AUGAACCUUCCUAUUAAACGCUUGUUUUUUGGGAGUUUGAUUGCUGUUUUUAUAGCGCUGUGGUGGAAUGGACCGACUUUUACUGAAGAGUCUCUGAAGGGGGCAAGAGUGAUGGUGACUGGUGCUAGUACUGGCAUCGGAGAGCAGCUUGCAUAUCACUAUGCCCGGUUGGGCGCUCAAAUUGUUAUCACAGCAAGAAGAGAGCAUGUCUUAAAAGAGGUUGUAAAAAAGUGUAUGGAUCUAGGAGCUCAGAAAGCUCUGUAUAUUGCAGCAGACAUGGCCAAGCCUGCCGAUGCCGAUCGGGUGGUGAAGUAUGCUGAAGAGCAGCUCAAAGGACUGGAUUACAUUGUGCUGAACCACAUCGGGCCCAGUCCAUAUGGGAUGUGGGAUGGAGAUGUGGAUCACACACGAUGGUUAAUGGAGGUAAAUUUUCACAGUUAUGUGCAAAUGGCUGUAAAGGCUUUACCGGCCCUUGAGAAGACUAAUGGAUCCAUAGUGGUUGUCUCCUCCUUGCUCGGAAAAACAUGCUCACCAUUCGCUCUGCCCUACAUUGCCACCAAAUUUGCUCUGAAUGGAUUUUUCGGGAGUCUCCAGCACGAGCUGGCUAUGAAGAAGAGCAACGUGACUGUCACCAUCUGCACCCUGGGUCUUAUUGACACAGAGAGUGCCAUGGCGAAAAUUAAAGGCUACAUAGAAAUGCCUGCUUACCCUGCACAUGAGGCUGCAUGGGAGAUCAUCAAGGCUGGAGCUCUUCGUCAGAGUGAAACUUUCUACCCCUGGUACACCUAUUACGCUACACUGUUUAGAGACUGGUUCCCUUACCACAGAGAUCAAGUCAUUCGCAGGGUAUACAAUUACAGUCCAUAAACAUCUCUGUCACGGAGAUCAUGGAGUUUAUUUGGUGCUCAGAAUUAAUACAGAUGAUUAACUGUACAGUACUACAGGAAUAAAUGUUAGGAUGAACGGUGUGGCUUAUGUGGUAGGGCCAGUGAUAGCAGUGGGUAGUGCUGUUGCCUCACAGCAAGAAGGGUCAGGGUUAUUUCUGUGUAGAGUUUGCAUGUUCUCCCAGUGUCCGCAGAAAGGAGUUGAAGAAUAAAGGGCCCAUAUGUGAUGUCAUACAGUGGAGUUCCUUUAUGAUGACAUACGUAUGUGUUUGAUGUCUAACAAUGGAGUUCUAUAUGAUGUUUAGCAGUGUAGCUUCUAAAUGAUGUCAUACAGGUAAAGUGUAGCUAUGUACUGACUGUCGUUUUUGCAUGAUGUCAUGCUAUGCAGUGUGGGCAUGAUGUCACCACCACAGUUUGGAAAUGUAAAUCUGAUCAUGUGUUGUAAUUAGUUGUUUUAUUACAUAUAUUCUUACCUCAACUUAAAUCAAAGUCAUUAUUCUAAAAGUGCUUUUACUUGAAUUUUUACCCACCUCUGUUUUGUUUAUAUUUUUUAUAUACACCACUUAUGUGUGAAUGUCUAUGCACUGAUGAGUUGCUGCAGAACAAAUAUAUUAAAAUGCACAGGAAGUCUUAAGAACUAUAUACUACAUUGGAAAUAUGAAUGUUUUUUUGAUGCAUACACGUAGCUUUUUAUAUACGGGACUAUGGCUCGGUGGGUAGCACUGUUGCCUCACAACAAGAAGCUCCUGGGUUCAAUUCCCAGGUGGAGCGGGCCGGGUCCUUUCUGUGUGUAGUUUGCAUGUUCUCCCUGUGUCUGCGUGGGUUUCCUCCAGGAGCUAGGAGAUACAAAAUGGUUCAUGACUGUGUUUGAUGUUAGAAACUUGAACUGAUGAAUCUUGUGUAACCACUACCUGUUCUGUCAUGAAUGUAUCCAAAGUGCAAAA